CGCUGAGUAGGUCUCUUGUUCGCUAUCCAGCUAGUAAGCUUGAAGGUACAACAGGAUUGCAUAACCUGAGUGUCCGAGUGUGCGUACGGUGUUAAGGAGUAAAAAGUGCAACUUCCUGCGUUUAGUGAAACAAUGUCGGACAGUCCGGAUUUGCCACCAAGUGAUGAGCAGAAUUUAGAGAUACAAGGCUCUGUUACUAAUUAUUCUUCUGUUGUGAUGGCGGAACAGGAGAGUAGCAUGUUUAAUGACCAACAUUUCUACUGUGAGAUGUGUCAUCAGCACUUCAUAGACCAAUGUGAGGUUCAUGGGCCACCAUUAUUUACAUGUGACUCACCAACAGCUAUGGGCAUUCCUCAGAGAGCUCUGCUAACACUGCCACAAGGCUUGGUUAUAGGUCGAUCUAGCAUCUCUAAUGCAGGACUUGGGGUUUUCAACCAAGGCCAGACUGUGCCAUUGGGGAUGCAUUUUGGACCUUUGGAUGGAGAGGUGACCUGUGAGGAAAAGGCAUUGGAUAGUGCCUACUCUUGGGUAAUUUACAGAGGCAAUAAUCAAUAUAGUUACAUAGAUGCAGAGAGGGACACUCACUCUAACUGGAUGAAGUUUGUGGUGUGUUCAAUGAGUGAGACGGAACAGAAUCUUGUUGCAUUCCAGCAAAAUGGACGUAUUCUGUUCCGUUGUUGUCGCCCUAUUAGCCCUGGGCAGGAAUUUAGAGUUUGGUAUGCUGAGGAAUAUGCUCAAGGACUUGGCACCCUCUGGGAUAAGAUCUGGAAUAAGAAAUGCAUUUCUCUAGGUACAACUGAAGAACAGGCGACUCAGGUCUGUUUAUGUCCUCAUUGCCAUUACUCCUUCCCAACUAUUUUUUAUCUGCGUGUUCAUGUGAAGCGCUCGCAUCCUGAUCAGUAUGCGGACUUCAUGCAGACACAGCCGCUUGAGUCCGAAGACCACUCAACAGUUAUAGACAUAGACCAGUGCCUUCUGGCCUCAGAUGCAGCUCCUCCAACCCAUAUGCAGCCAAUGACAGAAAGCUGUCAGGGUCAAAUUUCAACCCUAAAUGGACAACCCAUUCAUCACUCAGAAAAGUCAGACUGCACUGAUUUGUCCGAAACAUGCGGUAAUGGUUUGAGUGACCAGGCAAAUUGUGCUACUGAGAUCUCGGAUGAAAUAAAUAAAUGUGGUGAGUGUGGCCGGAACUUUUUGAGAUCUUGUCAUCUGAAGAGACACCAGCGCACUAUUCACUCUAAAGAGAAGCCUUAUUGCUGCAGCCAUUGUAAGAAGUGUUUUAGUCAGGCAACAGGUCUGAAAAGACACCAACAAACCCACCAGGGGGAGGAAAAGAAAGAGAAAGAUGCUGACAGACCUUCUGACAUAUAUCCUUGCACUAAGUGCUCCUUUUCUUUUGUGGCCAAAUUCAAUUUAAAUCAACAUCUCAAACGGCAUCACCAUGGAGAGUAUCUCAGAUUAGUUGAGAGCGGCUCGCUCACAGCAGGGACUGAGGGUGAUACAGAGAUGAAUUCUGACAAGCAUGACCCAACCUAUGAACCUCCUACUCGAGAGAAGAGGUCUGCAAAGAACCCUCUGAGAGGCAGUAGUUGUCCAAAAAAAGUGUCUGUUGGCCGACCACGGGGCCGACCACCUAAAAACAAGCAAGCAGCGGAGGUUGAAGUGCAGAAGAGUUUACCUAUCUGCACUGAGUGUGAACAAAGGUUCUCUGAUUUGGAGACAUUGAAAACUCACCAAUGUGCUGGACAAGAUAAUAAUAAGAUAGGAGAACCACAGGAAGCGCCAGCUUCCCAGCAUGUCUGCGGUGAAUGCCUGAGAGCUUUCAGUAAUUUUGAUAUUCUCAAAGCCCAUGAGUGCAUUCAGCAGGGAGACGGAUCUUACUGUUGCUCCCACUGCAACCUUUACUUCAACCGCAUGUGUAACCUUCGUCGCCAUGAGCGCACAAUCCACUCCAAGGAGAAGCCCUACUGUUGCACGUUGUGCCUCAAGUCCUUCACCCAGUCUUCUGGCUUGAAGCGCCACCAGCAGAGCCAUUCACGCCGCAAAGCCCACCGCCAGAGCUCGGCCCUGGUUAAUGCCACCAUCUUUCCCUGCACAUACUGCCCCUUCUCCUUCACUGAUGAGCGCUAUCUUUACAAACACAUCCGCCGUCACCACCCAGAAAUGAGCGUAAAAUAUCUGAGUUUCCAAGAAGGGGGCGUCUUGUCAGUUGAAAAGCCUCACAGCUGCAGCCAGUGCUGCAAGAGCUUUAGCACAAUCAAGGGCUUCAAGAAUCACAGCUGUUUCAAGCAGGGGGAAAAGGUGUAUCUCUGCACAGAUUGCGGAAAGGCCUUCAGCUGGUUUAAUAGCCUCAAGCAACACCAGCGCAUCCACACAGGAGAAAAACCUUACACAUGUCAGCAGUGCGGAAAGAGUUUUGUCCACUCUGGACAACUGAAUGUGCAUCUCCGCACUCACACCGGUGAAAAACCUUUCUUGUGUUCACAGUGCGGCGAAAGCUUCAGGCAAUCAGGAGAUUUGAGGAGGCAUGAACAGAAGCAUUCAGGCGUUCGGCCAUGCCAGUGCCCCGAUUGUGGAAAAAGCUUUAGUAGGCCACAAAGUCUCAAAGCUCACCAACAGCUUCAUAAUGGCACCAAACUUUUCCCCUGCACUCAGUGUGGAAAAAGCUUUACUCGUAGAUACCAUCUCACCCGGCAUCAUCAGAAAAUGCAUUCCUAACUAAAAUA